CGGUCCAGUCUCCGGUACCUCCCAGUUCUUGAGGCUCCCAUAUAAAAACCCUUGUGGAAAGUCAGUGUAGGCAGUAGGGAGUUUUCUGCUGGGGUCAGGAGGAUUGUGAACAGACGAGUGGAUCCUGCCCCAAACACCCGUGUAUGAGUGGAGUGUAGCAGAAAGAAACAUCCCCAACUUUUUUUCCUCUCUUGCCUCAAAGAGUCUACAUGUCUAGUGGCAUCUAGACAUGUUCAGCUUUGUGGAUUUGCGGCUGGCGCUGCUGCUCAGCGCAGCAGUGCUUCUGGUCAGAGCGCAGGGCGAGGACGACCGCACGGGCAAAAGCUGCACUCUGGAUGGCCAGGUGUUUGCAGACCGGGAUGUGUGGAAGCCGGAGCCAUGUCAGAUCUGUGUGUGCGACAGUGGCACGGUGAUGUGCGAUGAGGUCAUCUGCGAGGAUACAACGGACUGCCCCAACCCCAUCAUCCCCCACGACGAGUGCUGCCCCAUCUGCCCCGAUGACGGCUUCCAGGAGCCUCAGACUGAGGGAACCGUGGGAGCUCGUGGACCCAAGGGAGACAGGGGUCCUGCUGGUCCCCCUGGUAGAGAUGGUAUGCCUGGCCAGCCUGGACUGCCUGGACCUCCUGGCCCACCUGGACCCCCUGGCCUUGGUGGAAACUUCUCCCCUCAGAUGUCCGGUGGCUACGAUGACAAAUCUCCUGUCAUGCCUGUGCCUGGACCCAUGGGCCCAAUGGGACCCCGUGGACCUCCUGGACCUCCUGGAUCUAGCGGACCUCAGGGAUUCACUGGCCCCCCUGGUGAGGCUGGAGAGCCUGGAUCUCCUGGUGCCAUGGGUCCCCGUGGAGCUGCCGGCCCCCCUGGAAAGAACGGCGAGGAUGGUGAGUCUGGCAAACCAGGUCGCCCCGGUGAGCGUGGACCUUCUGGCCCUCAGGGAGCUCGUGGUUUCCCAGGAACCCCAGGUCUGCCUGGCAUCAAGGGACAUAGAGGAUUCAGUGGCCUGGAUGGUGCCAAGGGAGACAGUGGCCCCGCUGGACCCAAGGGAGAGGCUGGCACCCCUGGUGAGAAUGGAACCCCUGGUGCUAUGGGACCUCGCGGUCUGCCUGGUGAGAGAGGCCGUGCUGGUGCUACUGGAGCUGCUGGAGCUCGUGGUAACGAUGGCGCUGCUGGUGCUGCUGGACCUCCUGGUCCCACUGGCCCCGCUGGACCCCCUGGAUUCCCCGGUGGCCCUGGAGCCAAGGGUGAUGCUGGAGCUCAGGGUGCUCGUGGACCCGAGGGCCCUGGUGGAGCUCGUGGUGAGCCCGGAAACCCCGGACCUGCUGGCCCAGCUGGACCUUCCGGAAACCCUGGAGCUGAUGGAGCCGCUGGAGCUAAGGGAGUACCUGGUGCUGCUGGAGUUGCUGGAGCUCCUGGUUUCCCUGGACCCCGUGGACCCCCAGGACCUCAGGGUGCUGCUGGUGCCCCCGGACCCAAGGGCAACACUGGUGAGGCUGGUGCCCCAGGAUCCAAGGGAGAGCCUGGUGCCAAGGGAGAGGCUGGUGUUUCAGGAGUUCAGGGACCCCCUGGACCUCCCGGUGAGGAGGGCAAGAGAGGAGCCAGAGGAGAGCCUGGUGCUGCAGGAGCCCGUGGCGGCCCUGGAGAGAGAGGUGCCCCUGGUGGUCGUGGUUUCCCUGGUUCUGAUGGCCCUGCUGGACCCAAAGGUGCCAAUGGUGAGCGUGGUGCCCCCGGUCUUGUUGGAGCUAAAGGUGCCACUGGUGAGUCUGGCCGCACUGGUGAGCCUGGUCUGCCCGGAGCUAAGGGAAUGACUGGCAGCCCCGGCAACCCUGGACCUGAUGGCAAGAUGGGACCUUCUGGAGCCCCCGGACAAGAUGGCCGCCCUGGGCCUCCUGGCCCUGGUGGAAAUAGAGGCCAGCCUGGAGUCAUGGGAUUCCCCGGACCCAAGGGUGCUGCUGGUGAGCCUGGAAAGCCCGGUGAGAGAGGAACCAUGGGACCUACUGGACCUGUUGGUGCACCUGGAAAGGAUGGUGAUGUUGGCGCACAGGGCCCCUCUGGACCUGCUGGUCCUGCUGGUGAGAGAGGAGAGCAGGGACCUGCUGGAUCUCCUGGAUUCCAGGGUCUCCCAGGACCCCAGGGAGCCAUUGGUGAGAGUGGCAAGCCCGGAGAGCAGGGUGUACCUGGCGAAGCUGGAGCCCCAGGACCUGCUGGAGCUAGAGGCGAUAGAGGAUUCCCUGGUGAGCGUGGUGCACCUGGGCCAGUUGGACCUGCUGGUGCCCGUGGAUCCCCAGGAGCCUCUGGAAAUGAUGGUGCUAAGGGAGAUGCUGGAGCCCCUGGUACUCCUGGUGCUCAGGGUCCUCCUGGACUGCAGGGAAUGCCUGGUGAGCGCGGUGCCGCUGGUCUUCCAGGACUGAGAGGAAACAGAGGUGACCAAGGACCUAAGGGUGCUGAUGGAACUCCUGGUAAGGAUGGUCCUCGUGGUUUGACUGGACCAAUUGGACUUCCUGGACCUGCUGGCUCCCCAGGAGACAAGGGAGAGUCUGGUGCCCAAGGACCUGUUGGACCUUCUGGAGCCCGUGGACCCCCUGGUGAGCGUGGUGAGGCCGGACCACCUGGACCUGCUGGAUUCGCUGGACCUCCUGGUGCUGAUGGACAGCCUGGUGCUAAGGGAGAGGCUGGAGAUAAUGGUGCUAAGGGAGAUUCUGGUCCUCCCGGACCUGCUGGACCCACUGGUGCUGCAGGACCUCAGGGUCCCGUUGGAAACACUGGCCCUAAGGGAGCCCGUGGACCUGCUGGACCUCCUGGUGCUACUGGCUUCCCUGGUGCUGCUGGCAGAGUUGGACCUCCCGGCCCCGCUGGUAACGCUGGACCUCCCGGAGCUCCUGGACCAGCUGGCAAGGAGGGACCCAAAGGAAACCGUGGUGAGACUGGACCUGCUGGUCGCCCUGGUGAGUUGGGUGCUGCUGGACCCCCAGGACCUUCUGGAGAAAAGGGUAGCCCUGGUGCUGAUGGUGCUCCUGGUAGUGCUGGUAUUCCUGGACCUCAGGGUAUUGCUGGACAGCGUGGUAUUGUUGGUCUGCCUGGACAGAGAGGCGAGAGAGGUUUCCCUGGACUUCCCGGAGCUCUUGGAGAGCCUGGAAAGCAAGGCCCUGGUGGUCCAAACGGUGAGCGUGGACCUCCCGGACCCAUGGGACCCCCUGGCCUGGCCGGAGCCCCUGGAGAGUCUGGACGUGAGGGAACCCCUGGUAACGAGGGCGCAGCUGGUCGUGAUGGAGCCCCUGGACCCAAGGGAGACCGUGGAGAGAGUGGCCCUGCCGGAGCCUCUGGUGCCCCUGGUCCUCCUGGCGCCCCUGGACCUGUCGGCCCUGCUGGAAAGACUGGUGACCGUGGAGAGACUGGACCUGCUGGCCCUGCCGGCGCUGCUGGCCCUGCUGGACCUCGUGGCCCUGCUGGGGCUACUGGACUUCGUGGUGACAAGGGAGAGGCUGGAGAGGCUGGAGAGAGAGGCAUGAAGGGACACAGAGGAUUCACUGGCAUGCAGGGACCUCCCGGACCUGCUGGACCUUCUGGAGAGUCUGGACCCGCUGGUGCUGCUGGACCCGCUGGACCUAGAGGUCCUUCAGGAGCUGCUGGUUCUGCUGGUAAGGAUGGUAUGAGUGGUCUGCCUGGACCCACUGGACCUCCUGGACCUCGUGGACGUUCUGGAGAGAUGGGACCUGCUGGUCCUCCUGGACCUCCUGGACCUCCUGGAGCACCUGGUGCCCCUGGUGGUGGAUUUGACCUUGGCUUCAUGGUCCAGCCUCAGGAGAAGGCUCCUGAUCCCUUCCGCAUGUACCGUGCUGAUGAUGCUAACGUUCUCCGUGACCGUGAUCUGGAGGUUGAUAGCACCCUGAAGAGCCUGAGCCAGCAGAUUGAGCAGAUCCGCAGCCCUGACGGAACCCGCAAGAACCCAGCAAGAACCUGCAGGGACCUCAAGAUGUGCCAUCCUGACUGGAAGAGCGGUGAGUACUGGAUUGACCCUGAUCAGGGCUGCACUCAGGACGCCAUCAAGGUCUACUGCAACAUGGAGACCGGCGAGACCUGCAUAUCCCCAACUCAGCGUGAGGUUGCCCAGAAGAACUGGUACAUCAGCAAGAACAUCAAGGAGAAGAAGCACGUCUGGUUCGGAGAGGCUAUGAAUGACGGCUUCCAGUUCGAGUAUGGCAGUGAGGGCUCUCUGCCAGAGGAUGUCAACAUCCAGAUGACCUUCCUGCGUCUCAUGUCCACUGAGGCAUCCCAGAACAUUACCUACCACUGCAAGAACAGCGUCGCCUACAUGGAUGCUGCCGCUGGCAACCUCAAGAAGGCCCUCCUCCUCCAGGGCUCCAACGAGAUUGAGAUCAGAGCCGAGGGCAACAGCCGCUUCACCUACAGCGUCCUCGAGGAUGGAUGCACGUCACACACCGGUACAUGGGGCAAGACAGUCAUUGACUACAAGACAUCGAAAACAUCUCGCCUGCCCAUCAUUGACAUCGCUCCUAUGGACGUUGGUGCUCCAGACCAAGAGUUUGGCUUUGAAGUUGGACCUGUCUGUUUCUUGUAAAAAGAGAAAUCUGGACUUGAAAUUGUUGUUGUGUGCGUGUGUGUGUUUAAUUUUUUUCUAGC